AUGGCCUUAAGCCCCCUCCAAUCUCGCCUGGUGGCCUCGCUGGGUGCAUCGCUUCUUCUCCUUGCCAUAUAUCUCCUUCUUUUCUCGCCACAACUUGCAUCGGCAACGGAGUUACCGGUCCGCGAUGGGUUCGACCUGGGCCUGAACGGCCGUUUGGACGAUGAACAAGCCGACAUAUUCGAGCCGGCAUACCAGCCAGAUUUCGCGGCUUUCGAUCGGAGCAUUAUCGGCCGAGCGCCAUCUGGUCUCAAAUCGCUGGACAACAACCACGUCAAAAAUUGGAACCUGAACCCGGGGGAAACUGUGUGCUACGUCUUCUCUACCGGCAGCUCGAGAACCCAAACCACGCAGGUUGAGGGAACAUCUACAACAGCGACGGCGACGGCGGUAGGCAAAAGGGAUUUGGAUACCGAAGCUAUAACGCCUCGAGCUGCCAAGCGGAAAAUAUACGUAUCGGCGAACACUUGCUUGCAGCCCACGCAGACGAACAAUGGCACGAAGGAUCGCCUGCCACCGCAGCUGAUACUUGCGGCCAGCACAUCUGGUGAUACCGGCUGCUCCCAGCCCACCAGCAACCAGCCCAACCAGGCCAAGUUCGACGAAGGCAGUGCGACGGUAAUCAUCGAGGCCGAGGGUGACAUCUUCAUCACCGUCACAGCGCCAAACGUGACUGAGGGUUUCGAUGGUGUGUUCAAUUUCGAGGUUGCGGCAUCCACGGAUGCUUACUUCCACAGCUACGAUGGAUCCAACAAUAUCACGUUGGAUUCGAGGUUGGUUCAUAGCGAUGCACGCGGGGUACUUCUUUCAACAAACGCCUUGACGACUAAUGAAAGCGAAUAUAAGACUUUUGAAAAAUUGGACCCGUUACCAUACAAGCUCUUUGUGGAAAACACGGAUCUGAUCCUUUUUGAUGGGCUGAGAAAGUCUAUCUGCGGAAUGAAGAACGCAGCCAGGUCCUUUACUGAUGACUUGGUCACAAUGUCAAUGACCCCCGGAAUAUACGAAGGUCCGAGGCAGCGAUUCCGGUUCGAAGGGUUGAAUUCCAGCUCGUCUUACCGAGCGAUUCUUGUUCAAAUGGAGGCUGGAUCGGAGACAAAGACAGGAAAAAGACAGAAUGGAGACGAUGACUCCAGCAACGACUCAAGAAAUGGAAAGAUAGGAGGAGGCGGCGUUGUGUUUGGGGAGCUAUCUUUUGACACAUCCUCCGACAAGUCGACAUGCAAAAUCGUGUCUAACCUUGACUUUUGCGGCAACGUUUCCUGGGCUGUGCCCGGCAACAGCUCACUUAGCAACGCUCAAAUAGGUCAGGCGUAUGAUGAUUACGCAAAGAGCAUCUAUGAGAGUUUCAGGAGAGUCAUGAUGCAGGUGCCUUGUGAGGAGGGAAACGAGUCUCGAUACUCGCUCAUUAAUUCUUGCGACGAAUGCGAAGAGGCAUACAAGGAGUGGCUUUGCACCGUGACCUUCCCCCGAUGCGAAGAUUAUUCCAGUUCGACCGCGGGUCUCAAAAGGAACGUCAACAACCCUUUCCCUGAUGGGUCGAUGGUUGACGAAGCGGAGAGAAACAACCUGAGCAGUUUGCACAAAUGGCACAACAUGUCAAGGAACCUAUGGAUCGAAGAAAAUGUCAAGCCAGGGCCGUACAAGGAGGUUCUGCCUUGCGACGAAGUUUGCUUCGAGGUCGUAAGGCGCUGUCCAGCCGCCAUUCAGUUUGGCUGUCCGAAAUGGCAUUACCCAGGCUUUGACGGGAGCUACGCCAUGCGAGGCGGAAACGAAGAGACUGGCCUGACGACGUGCAACGCUCUCGGCACGUCCCAGGAUACAGUGGGCAUGGCACCCUUGUUGCAGCCGCAGGUACUGGGGAUUUUCUCCAUUUCACUGCUCGUAUCCUUUGCCUUAUACUUAUAG